UGGGAUAAUCACCGGUACGCUACUGGUGCUUUGGGCAGACAGGCAGGAGAGAUGCAGGUGGUCUGUGCCGCCCAGUGUCGACGUGGGGCCGUGCCACUGGUGGUUUUUCCUCCACCUUCCCACGUCCUGCUGGAUGCUGCUUUGGCUGUUGGUGCUGCUUGCAGAAUUGAAUUGGCGUCAGACUUUGAGGAAGUGUCUGACGUAAGCAAUCUCAAGAUUCCCCUAGGUAACCUCAGGGAGACGUACCAGACUCUCUAUUCUACAUUGUGUUCCUUGACGUCUUCUUCAUUGCUAGCAGGAAACCGGCCAUUUGUCUCGAACAGAUCCACCGAUUUUGUUUUGUGUUUUGCUUUUUUUUUUCUUGUUCUUUGCGUCCGGCUUGCGACCAAGUUAUUAAGAAACAUAUCGCACCGCAAUCGGGACCGUCCGACUUCCCGCCGAUCCCACCAUUGUUCCGCAAUACACGUGCACUCGGCCCCAGGGUUCGCAUCGCGCCGAGCUCGCAGUCUCGGAGGCGUUGAACCAAUCACCCAAGCAAAAGGAACGCGGACAAUCAUCUCUUGAUCUAUCAGCCACUGUGUCCGGCGUACAGCAGAGACACGUGUCGGAGACUGCGCCUGGGCAAUCCCGCAAUCGUCGACCUUUCAGGGCUCUCCCAUAAUCGCCUCGUUUUACGUCACCAACACAGAGGGC